GGUCCUACUCGGUGCAGAACCCCCCGUGUGCCCACUCUUCCCACUCCAUUAAUACUCUCUCUCUCUUUAUCACCAAUCCUCUCUACCAUCAUCAUCAUCAAUGGCCUUCACCUCCUUCAUCCUCCUCCUCUCCUCCGUUGCUGCCGCUUUCCUCCUUUUCAUUCGACGCACACGGUACCGGCGGAUGGGUCUUCCUCCGGGAAGUCUUGGCUAUCCUCUGAUAGGCGAGACUCUGCAGCUGAUCAAAGCUUACAAGACUGAGAACCCUGAGCCUUUCAUCGAUGAGAGAGUGGCCCGGUACGGUUCGGUUUUCAUGACGCAUCUAUUCGGUGAACCGACAAUUUUCUCUGCUGAUGCGGAGAUGAACCGGUUCGUUCUCCAGAACGAAGGGAGGCUUUUCGAGGGAUCUUAUCCAGCUUCCAUAUGUAACCUAUUGGGGAAACACUCUUUGGUUCUUAUGAAAGGUUCUUUGCAUAAACGUAUGCAUUCUCUUACCAUGAGCUUCGCUAACUCUUCAAUCAUCAAAGACCAUCUUAUGCUUGAUAUUGACCGGUUAGUCCGGUUUAAUCUCGAUUCUUGGUCCUCUCGUGUUCUCCUCAUGGAAGAAGCCAAAAAGAUAACAUUUGAGCUAACGGUGAAGCAGCUGAUGAGCUUUGAUCCAGGGGAAUGGAGUGAGAGCUUAAGGAAAGAGUAUAUUCUUGUCAUCGAAGGAUUCUUCUCUCUACCUCUCCCUCUCUUCUCCACUACUUACCGCAAAGCCAUCAAAGCGCGGAGUAAGGUGGCGGAAGCGUUGACGGUGGUGGUGGUGAAGAGGAGGCAGGAGGAGGAAGAGAGAGCGGAAAGAAAGAAAGAUAUGCUAGCUGCGUUGCUUGCGGCGGAUGAUGGAUUCUCUGAUGAAGAGAUUGUUGAUUUCUUGGUGGCUAUACUCGUCGCCGGCUAUGAAACAACCUCUACGAUCAUGACUCUCGCCGUUAAAUUUGUCACCGAAACUCCUCUAGCUCUUGCUCAACUCAAGGAAGAGCAUGAAAAGAUCAGGGAAAUGAAGAGUGAUUCAGAUAGUCUUGAAUGGAGCGAUUACAAGUCAAUGCCAUUCACACAAUGCGUGGUUAACGAGACUCUGCGUAUGGCUAACAUCAUCGGUGGUGUAUUCAGACGUGCAAUGACGGAUGUCGAGAUCAAAGGUUAUAAGAUUCCUAAAGGGUGGAAGGUUUUCUCAUCGUUUAGAGCAGUUCAUUUAGACCCAAACCACUUCAAAGAUGCUCGCACUUUCAACCCUUGGAGAUGGCAGAGCAACGUAACAACAAGCCCUUGUAAUGUGUUCGCACCGUUUGGUGGUGGACCAAGGAUAUGUCCUGGUUACGAGCUGGCUAGGGUUGCACUCUCUGUCUUCCUUCACCGCCUAGUGACUAGCUUCAGUUGGAUUCCUGCGGAGAAAGACAAGCUGGUCUUCUUUCCAACUACAAGAACAGAGAAACGGUAUCCGAUCAUCGUGAAGCGCCGUGAUGGUGGCUUAUCUUCUACUCGGAAGAUGAAAUGACCAUAAGAUUUUCUAUUUAUAGAAUAACAGCAUUUCUCAGGAUUAACUUCUUUUUUGCUUCCUAAUCACUUAACAAAAAGCCUUGUGUUGUGUAUAUACACAAAAUGUUUGCAUAGAUCUCUCUUUCUUCCAAUGCUUUCAAUAUUAA